CAGCCCAGAGUCGACAGAAAUCUUAUGCAGAUAAUCGCCGUCGACAUUUAGAGUUUCAGACUAGUGAUUGGGUUUUCCUGAAGGUGUCACCUAUGAAAGGUGUUAUGAGGUUCGGCAAGAAAGGGAAGCUCAGUCCGAGAUAUAUUGGGCCUUAUCAGAUUGUUCGCAGGAUAGGCAAUGUUGCCUAUGAGUUAGAUCUGCCAGCUGAUUUGGGGGCGGUACACCCGGUAUUUCAUGUUUCUAUGCUUCGUAAGUGUAUUGGUGACCCUUCCAGAGUCUUUCCUGUAGAUGAUAUUCAGGUCACAGAGGAGCUAUCUUAUGAGGAGCAGCCUAUAGCCAUAUUGGAUCGUCAGGUAAAAAGGUUGCGGAACAAAGAUAUGGCUUCUGUUAAAUCUUUGUGGCGGAACAAUAACCGAGAGGAAAUGACCUGGGAAGCUGAGGAGCAUAUGAAGAAGAAGUAUUCUCAUUUAUUUUCAGAGCCUUCAGGUACAGACGCACAGCUUGGUGAUCCACCUGUUUAGGACACCCCCUUCUACUAUUUGGAGUGCUCCUCUCAUUCCGGAGCUUAUAUUUUUGGUAUAUAUAUUUGUUAGUGCAUUGUAUAUAUUCGUUCAUGGGUACGGCGGGGCCCUGUCCCGUCAUAUGAUUCUGUCUGUCUGUUUAGAGGUCUGUGGACAUGGUUGUGGGUCGUGCCUACCUCUGCUCAGUUGUGUUUGUAUACGUUGUGUUUGGGCGAUCCCAUUCGCCGCGGCGGCCGGUCCGCAUAUGUACAUAUGAUGUUCUGUUGGUCCUGUGUGGCCUCUGUUGGUAUUUUCUGUGCGCAGGGUUAUU